AAGCACAUCUAAAGCAUUAAUAUUUGGAGUAUAAAACGUAUAAAUUAUCCUCUGCUGGUUCUUUUCCGCUUUUCUAAGCCUCCCCUUUUUCCUUUCCUUCUUUCUCUUUCUCCAUUUCUCAUUUAUUGUUUCUCUCUCUUACAUUUCGUUGGAAAACCGCCUCCCUCCGCCGGGAAACAGCUAUUUUCACCGGCGAGUAGAGUCUCUGAUUCGCCGGAAAACCACUAAGCUCUUUGGUAUUGAUCAUUUCCUGUUAUAUGUUAAGCAUUUCUUUAUCGUGGCUCAAAUUUGGAUCUUCGAGUUUGACUCGGUCCGGCGGAGUACGCGGCGCGUCGUGAGAAUGUGGCGAGUUUGGUUGGCGUUUGAUGUUUCGGUUUAAUAGCAAAUGGUGAAGAUCGUGAUCUAGGGUUUGGUAUUUGCUGAUUUUGCGCUUUUGUUGUUUCUUCCUUCUUGUCUCCUUUGGAUUGUUUCGUUUGGUGAAUUGCUGCAAAACGGAGGCGUGCAAAGAACCAUUGCGGAAUGAGAUGGUGGAAGGAAGGGUGUGUUUGUCUAAAGAGGCAAAAAAUGGGCUAGAGUUUCUGAAGCGUAAAAGGCUUCAGCGCAUAAAAUCAGAAACUGUCUCUGGGACAUCUGGUGUGACAAAUCUGAUGGCUAGAAGUGGAGGAGAUGCUUUGAGAGUUUCAGCAUCAUGUGGAAUGAGAUUACCUGGGAAUGCAGAAUCUAUUUCUAGUUCAAAUGGUGCUUCAAGUGAGAGGGACGUCUUUUCAAAGCGGAAGGUCAAUAAGUUUGACACUAGUGAUCUAGAAUGGACAGAGAAAAUUCCAGAAUGUCCUGUAUACUGCCCUACAAAGGAAGAGUUUGAAGAUCCUCUGGUUUAUUUGCAGCAGAUAGCUCCUGAAGCUUCAAAAUAUGGUAUAUGCAAGAUCAUUUCCCCUUUAAGUGCUACUGUUCCUGCUGGAGUUGUAUUGAUGAAGGAGAAUGUUGGAUUCAAGUUCACAACUAGAGUACAGCCUCUUCGUCUUGCUGAGUGGGAUACCGAUGACAGAGUGACCUUUUUCAUGAGUGGAAGAAAUUAUACAUUUCGUGAUUUCGAGAAAAUGGCGAACAAGGUGUUUGCUCGUAGAUAUUGUAGUGCUGGUUGUCUUCCUGCAACAUACAUGGAAAAAGAAUUUUGGCAUGAAAUUGCUUGUGGGAAGAUAGAAAGUGUUGAAUAUGCUUGUGAUGUUGAGGGUAGUGCCUUUUCUUCUUCUCCCAGUGACCCGCUUGGAACUAGCAAAUGGAAUUUGAAGAAACUCUCACGGCUGCCCAAGUCCAUUUUGCGUCUUCUUGAAACAGCAAUUCCGGGAGUAACUGACCCCAUGCUUUACAUUGGAAUGCUGUUUAGUAUCUUUGCUUGGCACGUGGAAGAUCAUUAUUUGUAUAGCAUUAAUUAUCAUCACUGUGGGGCUUCAAAAACUUGGUAUGGCAUACCUGGUCAUGCUGCUUUAAAAUUUGAGAAGGUUGUCAAGGAACAUGUCUACACUAAUGAUAUCCUAUCAACUGAUGGUGAAGAUGGAGCUUUUGAUGUGCUUUUGGGUAAAACGACACUGUUUCCUCCAAAUAUUUUGUUGGAACAUGAUGUUCCUGUCUACAAGGCUGUGCAGAAGCCUGGGGAGUUUGUAAUUACCUUUCCAAGAGCUUAUCAUGCUGGAUUCAGUCAUGGUUUCAACUGCGGUGAGGCUGUGAACUUUGCUAUUGGUGAUUGGUUUCCUUUGGGGGCUGUAGCAAGCUUGCGUUAUGCACAUCUCAACAGGGUGCCUCUCCUUCCUCACGAGGAACUUCUGUGCAAAGAAGCUAUGCUUCUCAAUACAAGUUUAGAACUGGAAGAUUUGGAAUAUUCAGCGGCAGAUUUGGCCUCUCAUCAUUCCAUUAAGGUUUCAUUUGUAAAGCUGAUGCGUUUCCUGCACCGGGCACGUUGGUCUGUCAUGAAAUCAAGGGCAUGCAGCAGUAUAUCUCCAAAUUAUUAUAGAACUGUUGUCUGCACUCUGUGCAAACGUGACUGCUAUGUUGCUUUCAUUAACUGCAGCUGUUACUCUCAUCCUAUUUGCCUGCGACAUGAUAUUAAGUCACUUGGCUUCCCAUGUGGGGGCUAUCAUGGUCUUUUCUUGAGGGAUGAUGUAGCAGAGAUGGAAGCUGUGGCCCAGAAGUUUGAGCAGGAAGAUGUCAUAUCAAAAGAGAUUGAGCAACAAGCUGAAAAUGGUGAUGACUUGUAUUCAUAUCCACUGUCAAAUUUGUUCCAGACUGAUGUAGAAGAUGGAUACUUUCCAUAUUGUGACAUUAGUGUUGUUUUGAAUCCUGAGAUUGCUGCAAUAAGUACAACUACGGGUCAACCACUAGAACAUAUACAGCCUAAAAUGAGUCAUGACACUGGUAAUUUUCGAGCUGAACUGACAGAUGCAUUCUCUUCUUUUGCUGCAUCAACAAUCUGUUCUUUUGUGGAGCAAGUUGGAUCCUCUCCUAAAAAUCAGGUACAGGGGCUAGCUAACCUAGGAAACACUAAUGGUAAAGGGUUAUCUGAAGAAGUCUCUCGAAAUACAUAUGAAUCUUCUGCAUCCUGUUUGUGUCGUGAAGAUCGUCCAGGUAACCAUCAUGGCAAUGUUCAUGAACCAGAGAGUAGGUCUACAGUGGACCAAGACAGUGAUGGGUCCGAUUCAGAGAUAUUUAGGGUUAAACGACGUUCAUUUUUGAAGAUUGAGAAAAGAAAUGCAAAUGACACCAUGUCAUCAAAGAACUGUGAACACCAGGGGCUCAAACGAUUAAAGAAACUCCAACACGAAGGAAGAUGUGGGCAAUCAACAUCGUCUGAAGGCUGCAGAACUGAUGAACCAAGUCGCAAUAUUAAUUCCACUUCUGACUGUAAAGAAGCUCCAGAGAAUGCUGUGAAGGAGAGGUUUGGAAGAGGAGGCGCCCUUCCCAUUUCUAUCAAGUAUAAGAAGUUGGGCAACGAGGAAACAAUGAGUAGGCAGCGAGAGCACCAGAGAUAUGAUAGGUUCCACCACGAGUUUGGAAAGAGCACGAGGGAAACUGCUCCUCUAGAGAUUGGGCCAAAGCGCCUUAAAGUCAGAGGCCCAACAUCCCUAGGUUCAGAAAGCAGAUUGGAUUGAAGUUGAUAGGUUUGCAGAAACUGAUGAGAAAUCUGGUUGGUGUGCAUCAUCAUCUGGAGCCUGACUUUGCUAACUUCAUUCCCUCUAAAAUGGAGUUCUAACAACACUGAAAAUCCAAAUUAAUUGAUUCAGGGAGAUGCAGCGAAGAUUAACCAAGCGUAGGACAAUUUUUAUUCUUUGUGCAGGCCUCAGAAACUGGGGACGAUUUGCACGUGCAGUGAUUCUUGUGGUUCUCGGGCCGGGGUGUUUUUCCUUCUUUGGCAGGAGAACCUUCCUGCAAAAGCUGAAAAAAAGGAAGUAGAAAAAUUUGGGUUAGUAACUUUUGUAAAUUUGAUUCCAUCAGUCAAAAAUUAAUUCUUACAGAGGGAAGUGGGCAUUCCCACUGUUUCCUCAAAAUUUAAAACCUUUGCUGCUUCCCCUGCUAGGUUCGUUAUUCUUUUUGUAGCAGUGUAUACUACUUAAAAUAAAAUGCAGAGAAAUGCCCUUUCUCUUUUC